AGAGACCGGCGGACGCCCUCUGGGAUAUCUGUGAGAACAGAGACUCUCAACAGAAAUGAACGCCGCGCCCCCCGCAGGAAGUGCUCUGGCAGCCGCCGGAGCCAAUGGGCCCACCACGCCCAAGAAGGGCCCACCCAAGUUCAAGCAGAGGCAAACCCGAACAUUCAAGAGCAAGGCGCCCAAGCCCGGACAGAAGGGCUUCGGGGACGACAUCCCGGGCAUGGAGGGGCUGGGCACAGACAUCACCGUGGUGUGCCCAUGGGAGGCCUUUGGCGACAUGGAGCUCAGCGACCUGGCCAAAUACGGAAUCAUCUAAACCCGCUGCCUCCUGCCUUCCUCGCCUCGCACCUGUCCUCCACGUGACCCCGCCCACGCCUUUACUCACCAGCCGCAGGCCACAUAAGUCUGUGGGCUGCCCCUAAUGCCCUCUCGUCAAUCUACCUCUGCCGCCCUCUACUGAGUAAAGAGGACUUAUAAUGAUGUUUUUAUUUUUAUAUCAUUAUUAUUAUAUAUGUACUAUGUAACGCUGCUGAAAGUAUAACGACGAGAACAACUCCCCGUACCCUUUUCCUCGAACUAUCCAAGUACAUUAAGACUUUCCACUCUCCUCUCACCUCCGCCCCUCACCCCCCACGCCCCAAACCCACGGCAACGGAUGCAAGCAAAGCACUAGUCACCGCUAGCCUGAGUUUGCUUCUAGCAGUCUGUCCAAAUGUAAAUACUGAGUAAGACCUUUCGACCUUCUCACCUUUUGUACUUCCUCGCUCUUUUUACGACGUUGUGUGAUGUGCUCGCUCACGGUGUGACUGUGAACACCACGGACGCUACGGGAGUGUAACAGCUGGAACGCUGCAGUCUGAGGAGGAAGCCCCAGUGCCCUGUGUCUCUCCUGGCUCUGCUUCUUGUACGUCCCUGUAGACAGAUAAACAGACUUCAGAGCACUGUGCAGCACUGUCUCAUGCUGUGUCCUCAUAGUCGCAGUAAAGUGUGUUUAUUUUAACUA